AUGAAAUGGUCCCGGUGGGUCGAGCGAUUGGAGGGUGCUUUCUUGCUGUUUCGAGUUCCAGAUGACUUGAAACGUCCGAUGCUGCUCCAUUACAUGGGUGGAGAAAAUUACGACAUUGUUUCGGACAAUUUGGCUCCUGUUAAGCCACAGACAAAAACGUACGAUGAAAUCGUACAGUUGCUGGAGACUCAUUUCAACCCUCGCCCGCUCGUAAUCUUGGAGAAUUUUCGAUUCAAAUGCAGGAAGCAAGGUGACGAACGAGCGGAUGAGUCAAUUGAUGACUACCUGAUUUCACUGCGGAAAUUGGCAAUUACGUGUAAUUUUGGAGACUACCUAAAUUCUGCCUUACGAAACCAGUUUGUUUUUGGCCUGAAAGAUCGCGGAAUUCAGGCAAGACUCUUGGAAGUGCAUAAUCUAACGUUGGAUAAAGCUCGUGAUCUGGCAGUGGCCAUGGAGAUGUCAGCGAAAGGCGGGCUGGAAAUUCAGUCCCGGGUUAAAGCAGACGUGAAUAUGGUCGAACAUCCGGCAAACAAGAGUGGUAAAUCGGCGUGUAAAAGGUCAGACAAUGCUAACCUGCCACAACACGGUGAUUCUAAAAAGGGUUCAUGCUACCGCUGUGGAAACACAAAUCAUUUUGCAAACAAGUGUGUUCAUGUGAAGACGGUUUGCAACUUCUGCCGCAUAAUGGGCCAUAUUGAAAAAGUAUGCAUGAAGAAGAAGAGUAUCCCUAACACGAAGAACAAAAGUGAUUUCCACCAAGUAGAAGAAAGUGUUGGGGAAUGUCAACAGGAGGAGAAAGAAGUUGUUUACAUGUAUGAAGUAUGUGGUGUUUACGACUCGAAGAGCCAAGUGGACAAAUUCUGGAUACUACUCUCAGUGAAUGAAUCGAAAAUAAAAUUCGAGGUCGAUAGCGGUGCAUCGGUCACGAUAAUCAGCAUGAUUGAUUAUGAAAACUUGCUGCCGGAUAUGAAAUUAGACGCACCUGAUCUAUCGCUUGUUAGCUAUAGUGGAAAUUCGAUUAAAUUACGUGGUAUGUGCACGGUUACAGUGCAGUAUGCAGGUAAAGGUUACCGAUUGUUGUUGUACGUGGCGGACAAUCGAAAACAUCCACUACUCGGAAGAAGUUGGAUGAAAGUUUUACGACUGGAUGUGAGCAAAUUUUGCGAAGAAAUACAUGCAGUGACAGACAAUGUUGUGAGUUGCGAUGAAUCCGUGAGGAAGCUUAUUACCCGGUAUAGUAGUGUUUAUACUGAGUCCAUGGGGACGAUUAAAGGGAUUACUGCUAAGUUGCGAUUGAAGCCAAAUGCCCAUCCGGUGUACAUAAACGCGAGGUCAGUACCGUUUUCUUUGAGAAAUGUUGUGAAGCAAGAAAUUGAAAAGCUAGUGAAUGAUGGAGUGCUUGAAAAAGUGAACCACAGCGAUUGGGCGACACCCGUUGUGCCCGUUAUGAAAUUGAAUAAUAAAGUGCGAUUGUGUGGUGACUACAAGAUCACCGUUAACCCGAAUCUGGUGGUGGAUGAGCAUCCUCUCCCCACUAUCGAAGAGCUGUUUGCAAAUGUGGCCGGCGGAGAUAAAUUCUCGAAGAUAGAUCUUUCACAAGCUUACCUGCAGCUAGAGGUAGAUCAACGAGAAAUACUGACGUUGAGCACACACUUGGGCCUGUACAGGCCGACACGUCUGAUGUACGGCGUGAGCUCUGCACCUGCGAUAUGGCAACGGUUAAUGGAAGAAGUGCUAAAUGGAAUACCGGGAGUGACAGUGUUUUUGGAUGAUAUACGCGUGACUGGUCCAAAUGACAAAGUACAUUUGCAACGUCUUGAAGAAGUGCUUAAACGUUUAUGCCAAUACGGUAUGCGAAUUAACUUGGACAAGUGCGUAUUCUUUGCGGACAAAAUAGAGUAUUGUGGUUAUGUUGUCGACCGCCACGGAAUACACAAAGUGCGACAGAAAAUCGACGCGGUACAGAGAAUGCCCACUCCCGAAAACAAAGAGCAAGUUCGAUCCUUCGUCGGCUUAGUGAAUUAUUACGGACGUUUUCUUCCUAAUCUGAGCACGAUGAUCUACCCACUGAAUAGACUAUUGCGAAACAACGUGCCUUUCCAAUGGUCGAAGUCGUGCGAAGAAGCCAUCAGAAAAGUGAAACAGGAGAUGCAAUCUGACAGCUUUCUGGUGCAUUACAAUCCCGAGUUACCACAGGUGUUAGCAACCGAUGCAUCACCCUACGGAGUUGGAGCCGUGCUAAGCCACGUUCUGUCGGACGGAUCAGAGCGGCCGAUACAAUAUGCGUCACAGACUUUAAAUGAGACUCAACGGAAAUACAAACAGGUUGAUCGAGAGGCGUACUCAAUUGUUUUCGGAAUUCGACGGUUCCACCAAUAUUUGUAUGAAUGUAAGUUCGUUCUCUACACGGACAAUGAGCCUGUCAAGCAGAUUUUCUCCGAAACGAAAGGACUGCCUACUAUGUCGGCCUUGAGAAUGCAGCACUACGCCACAUUCUUGCAAUCUUUCGAUUAUACUAUCAAAUUUCGCCCUACUAAGCAGCAUUACAAUGCGGAUGCAUUCUCGCGGUUGCCGAUAGAUACAAAGCAACCAGAUAACGUUGUAGAAGAAGCUAACAUGUUGGAAAUUAGCAUUAUCGAGACGAUGCCGCUUACAAUACAGGACUUGGCUAAAGGAACUUCGGUAGACGGUUCAGUCAAAAUUCUGUACCAGGGACUGAAAAAUGGAAAAACAGUUGAUGCCAAAGAUCGCUUUGGAAUCGAUCAGAACGAAUUCUCAUUGCAGCAAGGUUGCAUCAUGCGAGGAAUACGGGUUUACAUUCCUGCUGGAUUAAGGACGAAGGUGCUCAAUGAAUUGCAUUCCACCCAUUUUAGGAGUACGCGUAUGAAGUCACUUGCCAGAGGUUAUGUCUGGUGGGAACGAAUCGACAGGGAUAUUGAAGAGUUGAUCAAUAACUGCGCUUCUUGUCAGGUUGUACGUCCAAAUCCUGUGAAAGCACCGUUACAUUGCUGGGAACCUGCUACACAGCCAUUCGAAAGAGUACACGUUGACUUCGCUGGACCGUUCAUGGGUAAAUAUUUUAUUGUUUUUGUCGACGCAUACACUAAAUGGCCAGAGGUAAAGAUUUUAAGGGACAUAACGACUGCUACAACUAUCAAAGCCUGCAGAGAAUUUUUUUCAGUCUACGGAAUACCUUGCGUGUUAGUCAGCGAUCGCGGUGUUCAAUUCACUUCAGGUGAGUUCCAGAAAUUCCUAGAAUUGAACGGUGUUUUCCACAAAAUGGGCGCACCAUACCAUCCAGCAACAAAUGGCCAGGUGGAAAGGUUCAUCCAGACCUUCAAAUACAAAAUGAAAGCCCUUCAAUGUGACAAAUCAAGAAUGCACGUGGAGCUUUGCAACAUUCUGUUGACUUACCGCAAGACAAUCCACCCUUCUACCGGUAAGUCACCUUCUAUGAUGCUCUUCAAUCGCCAAAUUCGUUCCCGCCUUGAUUUGAUGCUGCCUGGUCCUGCGUACUCGGAGAAGAUUGAUUCCAAAGUACGAACUAUUCCCGAGGGAGGAAGAGUUGCAGCUCGUGAUUUCUUAGAUAACGAAAAGUGGAAAUACGGACGUGUCCUCGAGAAGCUAGGAAAACUGCACUACACGGUUCAGUUGGACGAUAACCGUAUAUGGAAACGGCACAUCGACCAACUACGUGAAGUAGGUCCGAACUUGCAAAACAAUCGCAGUCCAUCAGAGAUACCAGAUUCGCCAAACGUGCCUCGACAGUCCGUUACCGUUACUACUGUCCCGAAUAGCAUUACUGUGCCGACUUCCCACGAACCGUCCACAACAACGAACUCAGGUCCACCAAGCUCGAGGGCCGAGCCAGCUGCGUCGCCUCCAUUGUCAGAGCUGAUAUCAACUGUUCCGGCUGCGGGUGAAAUAACCAAGCCAGCUGCAGAAUAUGGACCAAGUACAGGGUUGUACCAUCAAAUGCUGAGAAGAUCUACGCGAGUGGUGAAAGCACCCAAUAGAUUAGAUCUUUAG